AUGGAGGAAGAGAAUCAAGAAACGAAAUCGUUUAAUGAUCUAGGCUUAUCUGAGCAAUUGGUGGAAGCUUGUGACAAAUUGGGUUGGAAAUCACCGCUAAAAAUUCAAAUUGAAGCAAUUCCCCUUGCAUUAGAAGGAAAAGAUGUGAUUGGACUUGCCCAAACGGGUUCGGGUAAGACCGGGGCUUUUGCUCUUCCUAUAUUGCAUGCACUCUUAGAAGCACCACAGCCGAACCAUUUUUUUGCUUGUGUAUUGUCUCCCACAAGGGAGCUAGCUAUUCAAAUUUCUGAACAGUUUGAAGCUUUAGGUUCUGAAAUUGGUGUCAAAUGUGCUGCGAUUGUUGGAGGCAUUGACAUGGUACAACAAUCCCUCAAACUAGCAAAGAAGCCUCAUAUUAUUGUUGGGACUCCUGGCCGUGUCUUGGAUCACCUAAAAAACACCAAAGGAUUUUCUCUUAGUAAAUUAAAAUACUUGGUCUUAGAUGAGGCAGACAGGCUGUUGAAUGAGGAUUUUGAAGAAUCACUUAAUGAGAUUUUAGGAAUGAUCCCUCGCGAGCGGAGGACAUUCCUUUUUUCUGCUACAAUGACAAAGAAGGUCGAGAAGCUCCAAAGGGUUUGUUUAAGAAAUCCUGUGAAGAUCGAAGCAUCAACCAAGUAUUCAACCGUGGACACACUGAAGCAACAACUCCGCUUCUUGCCAGCAAAACAUAAGGAUUGCUACCUCGUGUAUAUUCUCACUGAAAUGGCCGGAAGUACAUCAAUGGUGUUCACUCGGACAUGUGACGCAACUCGGCUUCUUGCUUUGGUUCUUAGAAAUCUCGGUUUGAAAGCCAUCCCAAUUAAUGGUCAUAUGAGUCAGCCCAAGCGACUUGGAGCCUUGAAUAAGUUCAAGUCUGGGGAUUGCAAUAUUCUUCUUUGUACUGACGUAGCUAGCAGGGGACUCGAUAUUCCAGCAGUGGAUAUGGUGAUUAACUAUGACAUUCCCUCAAACUCCAAAGAUUACAUUCAUCGUGUGGGAAGGACUGCUCGUGCAGGGCGUUCUGGGGUUGCCAUUUCCCUUGUGAACCAAUAUGAGCUGGAAUGGUUCCUUCAGAUAGAGAAACUUAUAGGAAAAAAGUUACCAGAGUACCCUGCACAACCCGAGGAAGUUUUGCUUUUGGAAGAGCGUGUUGCUGAAGCCAAAAGAUUAGCAGCAACGAAAAUGAAAGAAGCUGGAGGGAAGAAACGGAGGGGCGAUGAUUCAGGAGACGAUGAGGAUAUUGAUAAAUACUUUGGUCUCAAAGAUAGAAGAAAAUCGUCUUCUAAGAAGUUUAGAAGAUAA